ACAUUUCUCCUCUGAAAAUCUGAAAACACAGUAUGGAUCGAGUCCUCAAAGCUGCUAGAACUUCUGGUUCUCUCAAUUUAUCUAAUCGCUCCCUCAGGCAAGUGCCCAAUGAUGUAUACAAAAGUUUGGAAUCAGCCAGUGAAGAUGAGAAGUGGUGGGAGGCCGUCGAGCUACAGAAGCUGAUUUUGGCUCAUAACAAUAUAGAAACACUGAAGGAAGACCUUCGAAAUUUACCUCUACUGUCAGUGUUGAAUGUUAGUCACAACAAGCUUACCCAUCUUCCAGCUGCAGUUGGAGAGCUUCAUAUGCUGAAGUCCUUAGAUGUAUCAUUUAAUUUGAUAGUGAACAUUCCAGAAGAGAUUGGAACUGCAGCUUCUCUAGUCAAGUUUGAUUGUUCAAACAACCAACUAAAUGAUCUCCCUAACUCCCUUGGAAGAUGUGUGGAGUUAUCAGACCUCAAGGCAUCAAACAAUAGCAUUUCCAGUUUGCCAGAAGAUCUAGCAAAGUGUUCAAAAUUAACAAAGUUGGAUGUCAAGGGAAACAAGUUAACUAUGCUACCUGAGAGUUUGAUGGCAUCAUGCAGAAUGCUUACUGAACUCGAUGCAUCGAAAAACUUGCUCAAUAGCAUUCCAGGGAAUAUUGGAAGCCUGUCACGCUUGAUUCGCCUAGACCUUCAUCAGAACAGAAUUUCAUCAAUCCCACCCUCAAUAAAAGAUUGCUCAUCUCUUUUGGAGUUUUAUAUCGGGAAUAAUGCACUUGCUUCAUUACCUGUGGAGAUAGGUGCACUUAAUAGAUUGGGGAUAUUUGAUCUCCACUCCAACCAGUUAAAGGAGUACCCAGCAGAGGCAUGUAAAUUGCAACUUUCGAUGCUGGACUUAUCUAACAAUUCAUUGUCUGGAUUGCCUCCAGAGAUUGGCUUAAUGACAACUUUGCGGAAGCUUCUGCUUGUUGGCAACCCAAUUAGAACGCUGCGGAGCUCUUUGGUAAACGGACCUACACCUGCUCUCUUAAGAUUUCUUCGAAGUAGACUCCCAACUGAUGAAGAGUCUGCAGCUUCUACACCCGGAAAGGAGGAUGUUGUUGCCAUGGCAUCUAGGCUGUCCCUCUCUUCAAAGUUGUAUUUGCAGGAGCUUUCUUUAGGAGGACUUGGUUUGACUGCUGUCCCUUCAGAUGUCUGGAAGUCGCAUGAUAUCUCAAAAUGUGAUCUUUCAAGGAACUCAAUCGAAGAACUUCCCGUUGAACUUUCUUCUUGUAUUUCCUUGGAGGCUCUCAUUUUAUCCAAAAACAAGAUAAAAGAUUGGCCUGGUUCAGUCUUAACAUCUCUUCCUGCACUUACAUGUUUGAAGCUUGACAAUAAUCCCCUCAGACAGAUACCAUCCUCUGCCUUCCAAGCUGUAUCCAAGCUUCAGGUUCUGGAUCUGAGUGGCAAUAUAGGUUCUUUACCAGAGCAUCCUGCAUUUUCUUGCCUACCAGAGUUGCAGGAACUUUAUCUGAGAAGGAUGCAAAUAUCUAUUUUCCCAAGCGAUAUAAUUAACUUAAAGCAGUUACGAAUUCUUGAUUUGAGCCAAAAUUGCCUUCAAUCAAUUUCACAGGAUAUCGUAAACUUGGAUUCUCUUGCUGAACUCGAUGUGUCAGACAAUAACAUUUCUUCUCUUCCACCAGAAUUGGGUUUGCUUGAACCUACUCUGCAGGUGUUAAGACUGGAUGGCAACCCACUGCGAAGCAUUCGAAGGGCCAUUUUGGAUCGAGGAACAAAAGGCGUUUUGAAGUACUUGAAGGAGAGAAUUGUAGAGCAUUAGCCGGUUUGAAUCUUGAUUCCUGAAUGAGGCCUGUGGGUGUGUGAAUUUAAUCAGAGCACUUGUCUCUGAGUCCAGUAUGUAAAAUUUGUACUUUACCACUUAUUUGAGAUAUAAUCCCCGAUUUAAGGUGUACUUGGAGUGUACAAUUGUUGUAUCCCAUUGUUUAUUCUUGUAAUGCUGAGAAUGACCAGAUGGACAAAUUGGACAAACGACCAUCUUGGUUUGUAUGAAUGCUAAUAAGUUCCACUCA